AUGGAAGCCCGACCCCAGGAGGACUGCCGCGUCUCCGCCAGCGAGAAGAAGGCUUCCGCCGACCGGAAGAUGCACAAGAAGAGGUCGAAGAUCACGGUGCUGAAGGGUUUGCUUCCCGGCGAGGACUCCGUGCGGGUCGCUGCGAAGCAGGCCUUGGAGCAGUUCGGGGAGCCCGAUGAGCCAGUGCAGGUGGUGGAUCUGGGGAAUGUCCUCAGCCAGAUCGACCUGUGGCAGAAGCAUUUGCCCAACGUACGGCCGCACUACGCGGUGAAGUGCUGUCCGGAUAAGCAGAUCAUCAAGCAACUUCUGGACGGCGGAUGUGGGUUUGACUGCGCGACGAUGCAGGAAAUCAAUACCGUCCUGGCGCUGGGUGUGAACCCGGAAGAUAUUGUGUAUUCGCAUCCCUGCAAGCCGCGCUCGCACAUCGCUUUUGCCAAGUCUCAAGGGAUCAGCCUCAUGUCCUUCGACAACGACGUGGAGCUUCGCAAGGUCGCUGCCGUGUACCCGGAAGCUCAGCUUCUUUUGAGAGUCGUUUGCGAGGACUCCACGGCCCAAUGUCCCAUGUCCCUGAAGUUCGGCGCUAAGAGCACCAACUGGGACGAGCUCCUGCGAAUCAUCCAGGAGCUAAAGCUGAACUUGGCUGGUGUGUCGUUCCAUGUCGGCUCAGGCUGCAACGACCCAGAGAGUUUCGAGCAAGCCCUCACCGAUGCCAAGGAGGUCUUCAGACUGGCUAAAGAACGAGGCAUGCAGACCUUGCGCGUGCUGGACAUCGGUGGUGGCUACCCGGGUGACGUGCAGGGCUUCGAGCGGAUCGCGCCGGGCAUCGCGGAGAAGUUGGGGCGGCUCUUCCCUCAGGCCGAGUACCCUGAGCUCCGGAUGAUCUCCGAGCCGGGCCGCUUCUUCGCUGCCGAGUCAGCGCACCUGCUCACGAAGGUCUACGCCAAGGCGAAGCUGCCCUCCACGGAAGACCCCUCCGAGCAAGUGUGCCGCUACUACUUGAACGAUGGGCUCUACGGCUCCUUCAACUGCAUCAUCUAUGACCACGUGUCGGUGCAGCCGGAACCCAUGAAGGACCAGCAGAGGCCACAGGUGCCUUGUGCCCUCUUUGGUCCCACGUGUGAUGGCUUCGACGUGGUCUUGGAGAAGCACGAGAUGCCGGAGUUGGAGGAGGGUGAGUGGGUGCUCUGGCGGAACAUGGGCGCCUACACCUCUGCAGCUGGUUGCAAGUUCAACGGCUUCGCGCUGCCGAAGCCAUGGUACUAUCGUGUGGCUGCGUAUGACCGCAAGAGCCAGGCGGCCACGCCCAGUACCCAGGCUGAGACCUGA